UGUUCUCACCUGGUGUUUAACUCCCAUCUCUGGAAAAAUGACUUCGGCUCUGUCGGACCCGACCUUAGAAAGACAUUUUAAAGGUCACAGGGACACAGUGACCAGCGUGGACUUCAGCUGCAACAUGAAACAGAUCGCCACAGGUUCUCUGGACACCUGCGUGAUGAUCUGGAACAUGAAGCCACAGAUGCGAGCGUAUCGUUUCGAUGGACACAAAGACGCCGUCACCUCGGUUCAGUUUUCACCCUCUGGACAUCUGGUGGCCUCGGCCUCUCGAGACAAGACUGUGAGACUGUGGGUGCCCACCAUGAAGGCUGAUUCCUCCGCUUUCCGAGCUCACACUGCCACUGUGCGCAGUGUAAACUUUUCCGGUGACGGACAGACGCUGGUCACGGCUUCUGACGACAAGACCGUCAAAGUUUGGACCGUCCACAGGCAAAAGUUCCUCUUCUCCCUCAGCCAGCACAUCAACUGGGUCCGCUGUGCCAAGUUUUCUCCAGACGAUCGUUUAAUUGUGUCUUCCAGCGACGAUAAGACGAUAAAAUUGUGGGACAAAAACAGCAGAGAGUGCAUUCAUUCUUUCCAUGAUCAUACAGGUUAUUCAAACCAGGUGGACUUUCAUCCCAGUGGGACGUGUAUCGCCGCUGCUUGCACUGACCACUCUGUCAAGGUGUGGGACAUCAGAUCCCACAAGAUGCUGCAGCACUACCAAGUCCACAACGGAGUGGUGAACAGUUUGUCUUUCCACCCGGCUGGUAAUUUCCUCAUCACUGCGUCCAGCGAUUCCACUCUGAAAAUCCUGGACCUUGUGGAGGGCAAGCUACUGUACACACUGCACGGACACCAGGGUCCAGUCACCGGUGUGGCCUUCUCGAGGUCAGGAGAGCAUUUUUCCUCUGUUGGUGCCGAUGAACAGGUAAUGGUGUGGAAGAGCAACUUUGAUGUUUUUGAAAGUGAGAAUGGUGCCAGGAUUGCUCCCAGCUCGCAGGGCCGGCCGGGCGGCUCCAGCAGGGCCCGCUCUGCUCUCAACACGGCUCCAUCUGUGCUCCAAAGCCAGAGCCCUGAACCGGCCGAGCACCUCGCCAGACCGGAGCAUCAAACCGCUGCCCACACUCACAACAACAGUCGUAGUAGAGCGACUCAUUCCCACGCCUCCAGGAAGCCCAGCAGCGGGUCCUCUUCCACCUCCCGGACGCAGACCCGGGGUCUCCAGCAGCCUCCGCACGGGGAGGGAACGCAGAGCCCGCCCCCAGACGCAGGGGUCUCGCCAGGCUUAGCCUCGACGCUGGAGCACAUCAUAGGUCAGCUGGAUAUUCUCACUCAGACAGUUUCGAUCCUGGAGCAGCGGCUGACGCUGACGGAGGACAAGCUCAAGGAGUGUCUGGAGACCCAGGUGGAGAUCGGCCUGCACCUCCAGAGGAGAGAACACGAGGCCUGA